AUGCCGGCUCUCAGGAGCCUCCGAGAUGGAGCCACUGAGCUGGAGCCGUGGUUCCAGCUGCUGGCUCCCUGCCCAUGCUGCCGCACUGCUCAGCACCAUGCUGCAGCAGGAGGGAGCAGCAGCACGAGGAGGAGGCGGCUCCUCUGGCCCUUUGCUCUGCAGAGGACCCCAGCCGCUGCCCAGGCGCCAGAGCAGGCAGGCUCUGGCUGCCGCGGGGUGCUCUUUGGACAGCUCCUGGCAGCCCUCUGCGGGGAGGACGGCUCCCUGCCCCGGCCCAUCCAGGAGAUGCUGGCUGCCCUGCACCAGGAAGGACCGUCGACGGAGGGGAUAUUCCAAAGAGCUGCCAGCGGCACAGAAUUUCGGGAGCUGCGAGAGGCCCUGGACCGCGGCGCUGACGUCGACCUGGGCAGCCAGCCUGCGCUGCUGCUGGCCGUCAUCUUGAAGGACUUUCUCCGAAGCAUCCCCGCCAAGCUCCUCGUAACAGACCUCUAUGAGGACUGGAUGGCAACCAUGCAGAAGACCAGCAAGGAGGAGAAGAUGGAAGAGCUGAAAGCGGUGGCCGAGAAGUUGCCUGCAGCCAAUCUCCUCCUCCUCAAGCAGCUGCUGGCCCUGCUCCAGCACAUCGGCCACAACGCCUCCACCAGCAGAAUGACCGCCAGCAACCUGGCCAUCUGCCUUGGGCCAAACCUCCUGAGCCCACCUAAUGAGGACCUGCUCCCGCACCAGGCCAUGCUGGCGGUGACUGAGAAGGUGAAUGUGCUGGUGGCAUUUCUCAUUGAAAACUGUGGUGACAUCUUUGGGGAGGAGAUGGAUGGCCGCUCCUGUCUGUCAGCCAGGGAGUCACCAGCACCCACGGACAGAGCCACAGAGCUGCCUUUGGAAGAGCAAAGUGGCCCUGCAGGUGAAGCAGACACAGAGUAUCAGUCAAAAGCCUUCCUGGACACACCACCGUCUUUGCUUGUCCUCCACAAAGAAGCAGGUGUAGAUAUGGCAGUGGAAUCAGAAACAGGAGAGGUGCCUGUACCUUUGCCUCCAAUCACCGCAGAGAGCACAGUAGAAUUCCUGGUAUGUCCAGAAGAACUGAAAAGUGUUUCAGAGGAAAGAAGGCUUGCAGGAUCUUCCAAGGAAAAUGAAAAUCGAAGAAACAGAAAGAGAAAACAGGCCUGUGGAGAGGAGAGUGAAAGCAUACCAGCAAAGAAAAUGAGGAGGAGAGAAAAAGAGCUUUUGGUUAUCAACAACUGAAAAAAUCCAGGAAGGUCAAGAAUCCCAGGUGUUUGUUUGACCGUUCUGUCCAUCUUUCAAAACCCUGAACACUGGUCUAAGUAUAUGAACUAUUUCUAUGAUACACAAAGAUGGCCCCAGAAAGGAAGCACGCACCUGCCUUUUGGAAAAAAAGUAUGUCAGGAGGAGAAUGCCGUUCCCAAUUUUGCAGUUUUUGUUUUGCACUUAUUGAGUUCUGUUUGCUCAAGGGUAAGCAGACACCCUGGCAAGGUCACAAAGUCACAAUUCUUAGCUAUUUAACCUGCUACCUAAAUAA